CCUGUGGAACGUAGCAUAUGAUAUUCAUUGAAUCAUCAUGGAUACCUUUCCAGCACCGCGACCUCACCAAAGGGAGGCGAUUCUUAACACCUGUCUGUAGUCCCAGAAAUGUUGACUGGAGUCACCAAAGGUGCCUCCAUUAUAAAGAGGAAAUUUCUGUCGUGGUGCGCCACCAAAGAGCGUCGAGUCUAUCAAUUGUUACAAAAGAUGCAGAGCAAGUGCAGAAACCACUGAACUAUAUUGGAGGCAGACGAGUGGAUCCAUCAGCAAGCAGCCCAGAGUUUGAUUUGGUGGCACCUGCUACAGGAGAAAUUUUGCGCCAUGUUAACAACUCUGAAAGCAAUGAUGUGGAUGCAGCGGUUGACACAGCAAAAGGAGCCUUUGCAAAAUGGUCAAAAGUCACGGCAUUUGAAAGAGGAAAAAUACUCAUUAAAGCCGCAAGCAUAAUACGUGAGCAUUCAGAAGUGCUAGCUAGGACAGAAGUCUUGGACACAGGCAAGCCUAUUUGGGAAGCUCGCUGUGAUAUUCUAGGUUGUGCUGACACUGUUGAGUACUAUGGUGGACUGGCAUCUUCGCUUGCAGGAGAGUUCACACAGUUUCAGGAAGGCUCUUUUGCUUAUACAAUUCGAGAACCAGUUGGAGUGAUUGGUGCAGUUGGAGCCUGGAAUUAUCCCUUCCAAAUGGCAACAUGGAAGUCCUCUCCAGCAUUAGCCUGUGGCAACACAGUUGUGUUUAAACCUUCACCUCUGACACCCCUAACAGCAGUCAUGUUAGGUGAAAUUUACAAACAGGCUGGCCUUCCUGAUGGUUGCUACAAUGUGGUGCAGGGAGAAACUGUCACUGGGCAGCUGAUAUGCAGACAUUCAGACAUUGCAAAGCUUUCUUUCACUGGUAGUAUUUCUACAGGAAUCAAAGUCAUGGAGGCUGCUGCUCAAGGCAUCAAAUAUGUGACACUUGAGCUUGGUGGAAAAUCCCCAUUGGUCAUUUUUGAGGAUGCACACAUGGAUAAUGCAGUCAAAGGGGCCAUGCUGGCAAAUUUCAGCAACCAAGGACAGGUGUGCUCCAAUGGCACCAGGGUGUUUGUCCAGCGAAAUAUUCUUAAAGAAUUCACAAAGCGUCUAACAGAGCGAACUCGAGCUAUGGUGAUUGGUGAUCCAAAUAAUGAAGAGACUACAGUAGGCGCCACCAUUAGUGCCCACCAAGCAGAGACUGUGUUGAGAUAUAUUGAAGGUGCUAAAAAUGAGGGUGCCUGUGUAGUCUAUGGAGGAGAAAGAGUUGUGCCCAGUCCUCAUCUUGCAGGGGGCUAUUACUUGUCGCCAUGUAUUCUAGGAGAUUGUCGCGAUGAUAUGACAGUUGUUCGGGAAGAAGUGUUUGGCAGUGUCAUGUCACUGUUGUGCUUUGACACAGAAGACGAGGUGAUAAUUAGAGCAAACAACACCAAAUAUGGGCUUGCUGGAGGUAUUUUCACCAAUGACUUAACUCGAGCCCACAGGAUGGCAUCAAAGUUGGAAGCAGGAUCACUUUACAUAAACAAUUACAAUGUAUAUCCAGUCGGAGUUCCGUUUGGUGGCUACAAAAUGUCUGGCAUUGGACGAGAGAAUGGACGAGACACUCUUAACUAUUACACACAAAUCAAAUCAGUCUUUGUAGAAAUGAAUGACAUUAGCUGUUCAUACUAAAUAGCAUGAAAACAUGUUUGAGAAGAGAUUUUGCUGUUACAGAGCUGCACAGGCUUGCUUGCAAGUGUGCAGACUUAUAAUUUCACAGAUGCUUGAAGUCAUUUUAAGCAUUCUGAAGUGUCUUUAAGCAUUGCCCGUUAAAUCUGAAAAAAAGUGUCAUGUUAAUAGUGUGAAUGCUUUUAAAAUUUUGUGUGAAGGUUAUGGCAAUGUGAAUCUAGGAAGUUACAAUUGUGGUUUACUUUUUAGCAAUCUGUGAUUGUUUCAGAAUGUCACUAGUUACUAUAUUCAGCAUAUAAUUCAUGUGUAUACUAUAUAUAAUCUGUGUAUAAUUAGGUACAUGUUGGAAAUUAUUCUUACCUGCCAAUUUACUGUCUACAUCGUCACUAGUGAUAAUUAAUAUUAAUAAUAAUUUUUUUUUUUUUGGUCACAUUUUGAAGAGUCUGCAAAUUAUACUUAGUCUGGAGGCUCUUUCAUCUGCAGCACAGAUAGAAGACACUAUACUGGUCAAGGAGAGAGUUAAUGGAUUGAAUGUCAUUCAGGAGUUUUGACCUGUGCACCUUUUUUUAUUUCCACGAUUUUCAGAAACUGAGAUCAUUCAUCAGCGAGAAGGGGUUAGAGGUGCUUUACAGCAGACUGGAUGUACAGGCAUUUUCAUUGGUGAAAUAUUUUGGAGCCAUUGGUGAUUUGGGGGUAGUAUGGACCAGUGACAUUUAUUAAUGUGUUAAUUGGACCCCAUCAUAAAAAUCAAAGGUCUGUGAUUGCUUUUUGUUUAAACUGCCACUUAAUUGAUAAAAGUAGAUAUAGUUAGAAAAAACCCACUUUUAGAGGAUAUAGAUGACUCUUAUUGCCUUUAGAAUCUCUUAAAAACAAGCACAUGAAGGAAUAUGCACACACUGAAUUAAGAUUUUUAGGAAUGAGUCUUUAAAUAAAUUAUGAGAAAGCCUGAUAUAAAGUA